AUGGGAACAAGGCAACUGAGAAAUUGGAGGCUUUGUUGUGUGACGAAACUGCGCUAUGCCACUGAAAUGGAAAAAGAACAAAAUGUGAGUCUCCUCACCCUUUUAAAGUCUAUCGUGUAGAUGCGGAGAGAGCACAUCCAUCUGUUAUCUGUUUUCACAUUCUUUUAUUUAUGAAACCAAAUCAGCCAGUGAAUUUAUAUAGAAAUGGAGGAACCAAGUCAAAAUGGAAUCCCUAACCAACUCUUGUUCCCUGUCUGAUGACUUUCCGACACUAUGCAGAGAUGAUUCCCCUCCUCUCCUAUGCAUAUAUAGGGACUCAUGGCAACCUAAAAAUAGCUCACCAACUUUGCCCAAAAAAGCUCAACAACUGUCUGGAUUUUCACUGUUUGAAAUAUGGCAACCCUACCCUGAUAUGUGUUGUCUGUGUCCUCUUAUCUACUUGCUUGUUUCCUAUUUUGAAUUUUUAUUGUUUUAUUUUGAUUAGAUUGUAAGCAGCUUUGAGCCUUUUAAAAAAUAUAUGAAAAAGCUGGCUAGAAAGACUUUAAAUAAAUAAUAAUUUGACGAGUUCAUACAAACCUGCAAAACAUGGUGCUUAAAUAUCUCGUUUCCUUGUCUUAUACCCUGAAGUUUACCCUUUGCCCCAAUAUGAAUGGGAGGGUUUUGUUCCUUGAUGGUCUAUUUGUCAUUAAGAAGUGUGGAACCUACAACCAAGUGUUGUGCUGUAUAACCUUUAUCCUAGUAGGAGGGCUCAGGGUUCCUGCCAGUAAGCAAGCAAAAUAAAAAAUAAAAAUAAAAAACUGGAUUAUGAGAAAGUGGUGGGACAGUUGCAAUUGCAGUUUAUUUUACAGUUGAAAGUAGCGUUUAGACUGGCAAACAUAGGUAAAUAAUAUUGUAAGCAUUUCAGUCAUUUGGGUUUGCAGUGAUUUGUAGUUUUCAUUUUUAAAUUACCCAACAUAGCUAGUUAAACUAAAAGGAAGAAAGGCAGAAAAGAAAGUACAGAGCAAAAAUCAUAUACACCAAACUGUAUUCUAAAUAGGAUUCAGGAUCUAUUCUGCCAUAUGUUUUAUUAUCCAUUGGCACUCACUACCGGAGUUCGCGAACAGAGGGACUGAUGUCGAUGUAUCUCACCAAGAUGAAACAUUCAUUCAUAGGGAAAGCUUCACGAAGCAGCUAAGAGAUCACAUGAAGGAUGACGCUCGGUUUUAGCACAAAUUGAAACCUUCCAUUUAAAGAUGGAAAGCAAAACCUGCACCUGACAGCAAGACACCCACAGAUUGUCAUGUUGAUAAAAUACUUGCUUUCAGAAUGUGCCAAGGCACUAAGUAAUUAAUGAAGAAAAAGACAUUGUCGUUCAGGGCAAAGUACAUGGGAAAGCACAUACUGUUGAGAUGUAUGACACUUGCUCUUGAUAGUAUUUUUCAACUAACCAGAAUAAAACUUAGGGAGACAAAUAAUGUGGCCAUCUCAUACCCCUCAACUAUCCCAGUAAAACCGGGACUUCCUGUUUUUCUCAUGAGAGCAUGGUCCUCACCACUAUCAUGAUCUCACACAAUCUUAAGCUUAAACCAUCCUAAUUGGCUAUCUCUACACAUACUUUACAUUAUUAUUAUUAUUAUUAUUAUUAUUAUACUGCCCGGCAGUUCAUAUAAAAAGAUAACAGUAUUUAAAAUAAAAAUAAAAGCAAUAACCCAAUAAUACACCCCCUCCAAAAAAGAGCCACAUUUUAAGAGGGUAUGGGAUGUCGAUCAGGUCAACCAAAGGCCUGGUUAAAAAGGAAUGUUUUUGCCUGGCACCUAAAGGUGUAUAAUGAAGGUGUCAGGCGAACUUCCCUGGGGAGAGCAUUCCACAGACGGGGAGCCACUGCAGAGAAGGCCUCUUCUCGUGUUGUCACUCCGGACCUCUUGAGGGGGAGGCACACAAAGAAGGGCCUCAGAAGAUGAUCUCAGGGUCUGGGUAGGUUCAUACAGAAAGAGGCGGUCCUUGAGGUAUUGCAGUCCUGAGCCGGUUAAGGCUUUAUAGGUCAAAACCAGCACUUUGAAUUGGGCCCGGAAUUGCUCCUGUGUACUGAACAAAGCCAUAGCAACUGAUAUAUUUAAACAAAGUUAUAAAUUUGUCCCAUACAGAAUGUUUCAUUUCUCUGUCAGUGUUAUCUUGCUACAUGAAGAAUGUCUGAGUCCAAUGAAAUUAUUGUUCUCCUGGCUUUAAUGCCAUCCCCCUAGUCUUCUGCUGAAGGCCAGCGAGAGGCUCGUGAUGGGUAUUAUGCUAGCAGAAAGACAGAAAUGCAUCUUCUAUUCACUAAUUGGGGAUGCAGGAAGAAUUAUCAAGCUGUCAGGGCUUCAGACUAGUUGACCUUGUCUGCAAAGCAAGCAAGCUUCUUAUAUGAGGAAAGAAACAUAGGGCUUAUAUUUUCAAUAAAAAGCAAAAAGCAUAAAGUAAGAAGCAUGUAGAAACAGGGAGACAUUGGGGUCACAAGCCCAUUCAUUGGCAAAGUACAAUUACCGUAUUUUUUGCUCUAUAAGACUCACUUUUUCCCUCCUAAAAAGUAAGGGGAAAUGUGUGUGCGUCUUAUGGAGCGAAUGCAGGCUGCACAGCUAUCCCAGAAGCCAGAACAGCAAGAAGGAUCGCUGCUUUCACUGCGCAGCGAUCCCUCUUGCUGUUCUGGCUUCUGAGAUUCAGAAUGUUUUUUUUCUUGUUUUCCUCCUCCAAAAACUAGGUGCGUCUUGGGGUCUGGUGCGUCUUGUAGAGCGAAAAAUACGGUACAUCAUAACUUAAAGCAGAGUGGGGUGCAGAGUAUAGCUGUGUUGGGUCUACUUUGUAUUUUACUAGAACCCCAAGUUCUGGUCAUCAGAGCCAGAUCUAAAAUACAUGUCCUUUCAAUGAAAGCAUAUGAUGCCUCUGAGCACAUUCUGAGCCUAGGAGUUUAUUUUCAGUCGAAUUAAUGAUCCUUGCACACAAAGGUCCAUUCCUGGUGUUGGCUCUCCUUUCCUUAAAGGUAAAGGGUAAAGGGACCCUGACCAUUAGGUCCAGUUGUGACCGACUCUGGGGGUGCAGCGCUCAUCUCACUUUAUUGGCCGAGGGAGCCGGCGUACAGCUUCCGGGUCAUGUGGCCAGCAUGACUAAGCCGCUUCUAGCGAACCAGAGCAGCGCACGGAAACGCCGUUUACCUUCCUGCUGGAGCAGUACCUAUUUAUCUACUUGCACUUUGACGUGCUUUCGAACUGCUAGGUUGGCAAGAGCAGGGACUGAGCAACGGGAGCUCACCCCGUUGCGGGGAUUUGAACCACUGACCUUCUGAUCAGCAAGUCCUAGGCUCUAUGGUUUAACCCACAGAGCCACCUGUGCCCCCUCCUUUCCUUACAGCUGUCUAAUUUAGGUGGGGAAAGAUGGUUUGCAGUUGCUGUGGUUAAAAAACUAGGAAUCAGAAAUGCUUGCUGAUCUACUGCUAAUCACUCUGAGAUCUACCAAUAGAUCUACCUUCUUCCUAGCCAUGGCUUAAAUGUUCUUUUAGGGGGGAAAAUUGGGCCCUCCCAGGUAGCUUUCCUUCGACUUCAGAGUGCCUCUCUGUUUAGCUAGCUGUAGUACCGAGAGGAGUACCAACCAGAAAAGGUCCUUAGGGUUAGAGAUGCUUCAGAAAUGGUCAGUGUGUUCCAGACAGGGAUUUUCUCCUGCCGAAGCUUAGUUCCGGCACCUUUCAGGUGGGCACCAUUGCCAUAAUAAGAGGACAAGGGUUCGUGGUGAGUUCCGGCACCUCUUUUUCUCUAAAAAUAGUACUGGUUCCAGAUGACCACAAACCUAGACCAGUGCCAGUGGCAAGUGGAAGAAGGGGAGAAGGAAGCAGAAGAGGGAAGACAAGACUGGUGCAGGUUUAUUGGGGCCUGCAACUGAAUAGCCAAAGCAAGGGUGUCAAUAACUCCCCAAGGGACUCCUGACCAUUAGGUCUAGUCGUGACCGACUCUGGGGUUGCGGCGCUCAUCUCGCUUUAUUGGCCAAGGGAGCCGGCGUACAGCUUCCAGGUCAUGUGGCCAGCAUGACUAAGCCGCUUCUGGCGAACCAGAGCAGCGCACGGAAACGCCGUUUACCUUCCCGCUGGAGCGGUACCUAUUUAUCUACUUGCACUUUGACAUGCUUUCGAACUGCUAGAUUGGCAGGAGCAGGGACCGAACAACGGGAGCUCACGCCGUCCAGCGAUUCAAACCGCCGACCUUCUGAUCAGCAAGCCCUAGGCUCUCUGGUUUAACCCACAGCGCCACCUGCGUCCCUUAAUAACUCCCCCGGCAGACAUUUAUUUCUUUCUCCACACCCUUCUGACAAGCUUCCAGGUGUCAGAAGGACUUGUGCUUUAGUAGAGUGUCAGAUAUUGUCAGGGCUGCCUCAAGUCUCAGCUCACAAAAGACCAACGCCUAUGUCUUCUUAUAUACAAAAGAGUUUAUUGCAGUUCAUUGUUUGCUUGACAUCCUAGGCGCGCAGCCCUACGUCUGCUACGCUUAGACCGCUGAAGUCCCCUCUGAAUCCGGCCCUCCCCUGCACCAAUUUAAGAGGCUUGCGCUGCUCCACCUCUUUCUCUCUUUCCUUUCCGCAGGGUCCUUCUGCCCGCUGGGGCUUCGCCCUCCUGGAUUCCUCUGACGCGGAAUCAGACUGCUCUUCCCCUCCUGCGGGCUUUGGGACCUGGCCCCUCCUCCGGGCUCCCUGUACUUCCGCGCGCCUACAUUUGAAACUUGGCGCGCGCGCCAAACCUCUAACUUUCCUUUUGACAGUUACACUACUCCCUUCACUGCUCCUCCCCUUCCGGGAGGGUGGCUUGCUCUGACCUCCCUCCCUUCUCUGCUGCCGGAGCUGCUUCCCCUGAUACACUGGAAACUCCACCCCCUUCGCUGCACUCUGGUGGGGAGGCUGGUCCUGACGCCCAGCUGCCACUUUGGGAUCCUCCGCUGGCCCCCCUGCUCCUGACACGUCCCCCCUGGGGCUCCCCUGGCCUUGACCACCGGCGCCCCCCUUCUGGGAAUCCUCUGAUUCGCUGGAAAGACUCAUGGAAUCUCUUGAGUCAUUGUCAUCCUCUUCCUCGCUGGCUUGGGAUUCAUCCCCAUCGCUCUCCAUCUCCUGCCUACCCUGUGCCUCUCUCCCUGAACCCCUGACAGAUAUCAUCUCUGGCCGGAGCAAAUACCUUAAGGGCAUCUCAAGAGCAACUUUACGAACACAGGGGCUGGUACAGUGCCAGUGAUGAUAUAUGGACAAUUUAUAGAAAUGGGAAAGUCCAAGGAGCUCAUUAAGUGCAAGUGAUCAGUCAGGUGGUCAUUCAGUGAAUAGUGAGAGCCUGCUUCAGUUUGAGUUUUAAAAGGGGAAAUUGAGUUCCCACCACCACCAAAAACAACAACAACACAAAAUACAAAUUGCUUGGGUAGCAAUAUGUUGUUGUAGCUGACACUUUUGAAAUAACGGUGGUACAAAGAAAUAGCGGAAAUUCCUAGUUAGAAAAGAACAGUUUAGCUUAGUUGCGUGGGAGGUAUAACAUCUGAUGGGUUUUAAGAUUCUGCAUCUAUUCUUAUACUCUGACUUGUUACUCGGUUAGUAACAAGUGUGCUAAUAUUAUGAUACCAAAGAGUCCUGUGACAAACAGUGAGUUGUGGCAUAAGGCUCCACAGAUUACAAUCCCCUCCAUUGGAUUCGUGAAGUAUUAUCCUGAGUUGAAAGUUACAUAUAUAUGCAUGGUUUGUGGGCAAAUAUUAUUAUAAUGAAGGAAGAGGGAAACUGAACAAGUUUUGCACCAAGGGAGGAAAUAUGAGGAUAUUAAACCCAUCAAAGCUAGAUGGGUGAAUGGGCCCAUUCCCAAUACCAUUUGCAUCAGUGUUAUGUGCAUCCAUCACAUUUGACUGUAAUUAUCUCCACAUUUGGCUGCAAUUAUCCCUACAAAUUACUAAAUGGCAAUGCAGAUGUAAUAUGUCUAGGAUGCCUCUGAAGCCUCCUGGAAUUAUGGCUAAGUGAAUGAAAACACGGGGAAGACCAAUGGCGGGGUGGAAGAGAGACAAACAGAUCUCUCAGAAUGGAAAAUGGAAAAAAAGACACCGGCUAUCUGAAAAUGCUAAGAUAUACACUGAUAUAAGAAAUGGAGAGUAUAUUGGAGAAUGGAAACCCACUGUUACCGGAGAUGCAAUUGUUGCAGUGCCAUCGAUUUUAAUUUUGAGUUUUUUUGUGGAUAAGAACUGCCUCAACUAUUGAUUUAUAUGACACAGGUUUCAUGAAUAAGGCUGGUGCCAAAAUGAGUACUUGGAGAAGCAUCCUAGCAACAGAGCAAUCAUUCGGUUUGUUAUUUCAGCAGACUUUGAAUUCAUUGUUGGAGCUAUGCUCAUCUUUAUUACCAGUUUGCUUGCUUUAGAUGUUCUCAGCAUAUUUUUUCCUCACAGCGAUGGAAGAGCAGCAGUGGAGCCAGAUCUAAAAUAUAAUUUGCUGAUUUGAUGACAAUUCUGUGGGAGAGAGGCAGGAGAGGAUAUAUUGUUUAAUGAUAUCCUUCCUAACUUGCGCUAGCAAGUUCUAUAUCUUAGCAGAGUUUAAACAUUCCCCUUUAAACCAGGGGUCAGUAAACUUUUCCAGCAGGGGGCCAGUCCACUGUCCCUCAGACCUUGUGGGGGGCCGGACUAUAUUUUUUGGGGUGGAUGAACAAAUUCCUAUGCCCCACAAAUAACCCAGAGAUGCAUUUUAAAUAAAAGCACACUCAUGUAUUUUACUCAUGUAAAAACACCAGGCAGGCCUCACAAAUAACCCAGAGAUGCAUUUUAAAUCAAAGGACACAUUCUACUAAUGUAAAAACACGCUGAUUCCUGGACUGUCUGUGGGACAGAUUUAGAAGGCGAUUGGGCCGCAUCCGGCCCCCGGGCUUUAGUUUGCCUACUCUUGCUUUAAAUGCACAGCGGUUUGCUUGUUACAAGUUCAUCUGAACCUCUCUAUAUAAGAUUCUUGGUAAGAUCCCUUCUUGUCCCUCUUAAAAAGAAUAGAAAUGACAAUCUUAUUAAAGUGAAUGUAAAAGCAGUUUACUCACAAUCAUUCAGUUCACAGUUGGAUCCCUGAAGGCAGACUUAAGUUACAAAACUAUAUACACAUGUGGAACUAUCCCAUAAGGGAAUAGUUCCUAAGUGACUGCGAACAGGCAGUCACUUCUGCUCACAUGUAGCACAGCAAAAUGGAGAAGAGACAAAGGAAGGAGCUGUGCUCCCUUGCCCAGGUUUGGCCUCACAAACUCUAGUCACAUGCAGAGGAAGUUUUGUCCCGGCUCAGGAGGAAACAGGAAGUUUUCUCCUGGGUGAUACAAAGCAUUCCGUAGCAUAUCCACUCUAGGAAUGUUGUACUUGACUGCUAUAAUAAUAAUAAUAAUAAUAAUAAUAAUUUAUUAUUUAUACCCCGCCCAUCUGGCUGGGCUUCCCCAGCCACUCUGGGCGGCUUCCAAAAGAAUAUUAAAAUACUGUGAUACAUCAAACAUUAAAGCUUCCCUAAACAGGGCUGCCUUCAGAUGUCUUCUAAAAGUCUGGUAGUUGUUGUUCUCUUUGACAUCUGGUGGGAGGGCGUUCCACAGGGAGGGCGCCACUACCGAGAAGGCCCUCUGCCUGGUUCCCUGUAACUUGGCUUCAGUUCCCAGUGAGGGAACUGCCAGAAGGCCCUCCGUGCUGGACCUCAGUGUCCGGGUAGAACGAUGGGGGUAGAGACGCUCCUUCAGGUAUACUGGACCGAGGCCAUUUAGGGCUUUAAAGGUCAGCACCAACACUUUGAAUUGUGCUCGGAAACAUACUGGGAGCCAAUGUAGGUCUUUAAAGACCAGUGUUAUAUGGUCUCGGCGGCCGCUCCCAGUCACCAGUCUGGCUGCUGCGUUCUGGAUUAGUUGUAGUUUCCGGGUCACCUUUAAAGGUAGCCCCACGUAGAGCGCAUUGCAGUAGUCCAAGUGGGAGAUAACCAGAGCAUGCACCACUCUGGCGAGGCAGUCCGCAGGCAGGUAGGGUCUCAGCCUGCGUACCAGAUGGAGCUGGUACACAGCUGCCCUGGACACGGACUCCCAGGCUGCGCACCUGGUCCUUCAGGGGCACAGUUACCCCAUUCAGGACCAGGGAAUCCUCCACACCUGCCCGCCUCCUGUCCCCCAGAAACAGUACUUCUGUCUUGUCAGGAUUCAGUCUCAAUCUGUUAGCUGCCAUCCAUCCUCCAACCACCUCCAGACACUCACACAGGACCGUCACCGCCUUCACUGGUUCUGAUUUGAAAGAGAGGUAGAGCUGGGUAUCAUCCGCAUACUGAUGAACACCCAGCCCAAACCCCCUGAUGAUCUCUCCCCGCGGCUGCAUGUAGAUGUUAAAAAGCAGGAGAGGACAGAACCCUGAGGCACCCCACAAGUGAGAGCCCAGGGGUCUGAACACUCAUCCCCCCCCCACUUUCUGAACACGGCCCAGGAGGAAGGAGCGGAACCACUGUAUGACAGUGCCCCCAGCUCCCAGCCCCUCAAGACGGUCCAGAAGGAGUUUCACAUCCCACAAAUUCUCCUUUAAUUCGCAUUUUGGAUAUAGGAGAUGGGAUAUGGGAUAUGGCAGAGUCAGAUGAUGAUGAUGAUGAUGAUUUAUACCCUGCCCAUCUGGCUGGGUGUCCCCAGCCACUCUGGGCAGCUUAUAAGCAUGCUUCUCACAUGUUGGGACCAGGGAGAGGAAUCUUCACUUCACCAUCGUAAGAGAUUGCCUCCUUCCAUGAAAGCCUGCUCACACCCUUAGACUUGGCAGAGGGGCCCUUUUAUGUCCUAUCAAUGAUGACUGGACCUAAUGGUUUACCUUUACUAAACUGCAUUAACUGAACGGCUUUGUCAGACAGGUAAGAAAACGUUUUCUCUAUAACGGCCACUCAAGGGCUAAUGUUCAUCAAUUGUUCGGUUACAAACAAAAUCCUGGUUCUUUGCGUUUAAGAUUUAAGAGUCCUUGUAAAACUGAAGAUGUGAGGAAAUGUUUCUUUCUGAUUUACAGGUUGCGCAGCUUUUGACGGUUCUGAGCUCUGCUUCUUUAUGGGUUUCUUUGGCUUGUUCAAGAAAGAUGGAAUUGCCACUUCGCUGUAUUGAAGCUAAGAAAACGGGUCGUGCUGGUAAUCCUUUCUCCUUCCCUUUUGAACUGCCUUUUAGAAAAAGAAUGGAAUGGCUGUUUGUGCCUGAUUGAUGUUUUGGUUGUGAGAAACCUAAAACUUUGGGAAAUCAUUGCAAGAUCCAUUUUCCAUGUUCCUAGCACUUUUGAUAGCCAUUUGUUGAUUUUAUUUCAGACCAGCUUAGAAACACGAGCAGGUGUAUUUAUACUGCAAAGCAAGCCCUGUCUUCCUUGCAAGGAUUGUCAACCUGGUGCCCGUGGGCACCAGCGCACCCACCAGUAACUCUUAUGGUGCCCCUAGUGGUCCUUGAGUUUCAUUUAGGUGGUCUGUGGCGUGUUUGUAAAAAUACAAUUAAAAAUCAUACAGCAUCUAAAUACAGCACAUUACAGUUACUACAACCAGCAGAAAAGAGAUUUUAAGGGUCACAAUCCCCAAAUUUUAUUCCAAUCCUUGGGAAGAAUUUGUGUGCUAGUAUCUAGUUACCAUAUUUUUUAGGGGUUCCAUAGAUCUGUAAGUCACAUUAAGCAACACGGAGUACGAUUUAGAAACUAAUCCUCCCCUCCCCCACUCAUUGUGCUUAUAAAACUUUUCAAAUUGUGUUAAGGGUCUCAGAGCUUCAUUUGAUUUAAAUAAAUCCAGUUAGUAUUAAGAUUUGACAAAGUUAAAUUUAUAUGCUUAAUAGAUACAGGUUGAUGAUAUAGAAAUCUCAUAAUGUGUAUAAACCUUUGGAUCCCCAGGGUUCAAAUUGCUUAUCUCUCCCUUGCUGGGGAAUAAAAUCUAGCUGAUGUGAUAUUGGGAUUAAUGGAAAAGUUAUAGUUGCAAUCUUAGGUUGCCAGGUUUUCCAUAGCCAAAUUCUAUAUUUCCAGUAUUGAUUGAACUGCUUCCUUAUUGCUGAUUAUUUCCUUAUUAUCCUGGUUAUUUUUUGCUCCUUCAGAAGCAAUUCUAAAGUGA